AUGUGUGUGCAUCCUAAAGAUUAUGUCAGUGACAACUUUGUUGCAGGUUACAAUUAUGAGAACAAAGAUCUUCAUGUACUAUUACGUGUUCUAUGGCGGUACCCCAAUAUGGCCUUGAUCGAUAUUGGUGCCAAUAUUGGCUCAUAUACGAUGUUCGCUGCUGCGAUGGGCCGCUUAGUCAUAGCAAUUGAAUGUUUCGAGCCGAAUUACAUGAGAGUCGCGAAGGCUAUUCAGAUUGAGAAUCUCCGUAAUAACGUUAUUCUUAUUGGAAAUGCCGUGUAUUCGAAGGCGGGACAACAGGUAUCACUGACUAAACAUCCUGGAAACAUUGGAGGCCAGGGAGUUAAAGGAGUAGCAUCGAAGAAUCAAUCAUUACAGGAUCCGUAUGUAGUUACAACUAUACGCUUAGAUGAUAUUCUGCCGAUAAUAAAGCAGACCGGAUUUCGGUCAUUUGCAAUGAAGAUUGAUAUUGAAGGAAGUGAAUAUUAUGCAUUUGCAAGUGGAGAUAAACUUUUUGAUUCUGUAGACGUACCUAUUGUUGCUGUAGAAUGGGACAAAAUACAUUUAAAUACAGAACAUGCAAACUACGUGGUUCAAUUUUUAUUAAAAAGAAGUUAUAUUCCAACUUCAGACACCUGCAAAGAAUUGAAUAUGGUAAAUAUGUUCAGUGGAUGGCCGCCAAAUAUCUUUUGGGUCAAAAUGAAUCGGACGAGCAUAUGCUAA